CGUAACAAUAUCUUUGUAAAUUGUUUUAACAUUUUCAUUGAAUUGAUUUUAAAAUUCUUGUAUGAAUGGAAUAGUGCGUUUAUUAUCUGGCAGCGAGCCGGUAUCCACACCCUUGAGUCUCCGGGAAGAGUUUCGAUUUCGAAGAUUCGGCCUCCAGCACGAUGAACCCCGGGAUUUUAUGCGGUCGCAAUGGCAAUCGAAGCCCAAGUCGGUUGGCUUUCUGGUCUAUCGCUGGCUUUUAGGUGGCUUUUUUGGCACCGGCCUAGUCAGCUACUUUAUCAAGUAUUUCCAGGGCGGCCACUGGCUUAUUUAUUUGACUAAUUGGGGAUUUCUAAUGUGCGGCAUAACCAGUGUAACCGGAGCGGUUCUUGUGACUCUCUAUCAUUACAAACCUGAUGACUGGGUGCCCCCCAGUGGUCUCAUCAAGUUUUAUUGGGCUUCCUACUGGACGAACCUCAUAAUUACUGGUGUUGUUUCUCUGACCUAUUGGCUUACGGUUUACCCAGCGGACCGCAGACCCGGUAAUCCAACUCGGGUCUCAGAUCUUUACAAUAUAUGGACCCAUGCCUUACCGCCUAUUUUUUACACCGUCGAUCACUUGGUAGUUGCACAACCUUCUCGUUUGCUGCACUUUGUUUAUCCUCUAGGAUUCUCAUUGAUUUACACAGGAUUCACAUUGGUAUUCUACGUACUGGGAGGAGUCGACUUGAACGGACGUCGCUAUAUAUAUAGUUUCCUGAACUAUGCCAAGCCAAAAAGUGCUAUUUUGACCAUCACAAGAAUCAGUUUCCUGAUUGUGGCACUUUCUAGCUAUUUCUAUGGACUUUAUCGUGUCAGGUCAUAUGUGGCUAGAAAACUGGGCUUUGCUGGAAAUUCCGAAUAGUUAACAUGGAAAUCAAGAUCAAAUAAAUAAAAAUAUUCGAAAAUUUGUAACGAAAAUUUUUAGUGAAAUGUAAUGGCCAACACGGAGGCACCAAUAUACUUUAACCCAAAACCAGAA